UUCUCCAACCAUAAUUCCCAUUUCUUUAAUCUACAUCAUCACCUUCCUAGAAAUCUCCAUUUUCUUGCCUUUUCUUCAAAUCCAAACACUUUCUAGUGAACCUUCUUCUUUCACACUUGACAAAAACUUUCCACUUCCGUACCCUUUAUAUAAACCCUAGUACUACUCAUAUGAUCUCAUCAUCAAAAUUUUAGUAAACAAAAUCAGAACUAACCGUACGAACAACACAAAAUCUUAUCUGGGCGUUGGAUUUUCUUGAUCAUAUGGAUGUACUGGGCGUUAACUUGAAGAGCAAGAAACUAUCAAAGAGAAGCAAAAAAGGGAUCAAAGUUGUUUACAUUUCAAGCCCUAUGAAAGUUGAAACCAGCGCAUCGAAAUUUAGGGCUCUUGUUCAAGAACUCACCGGAAAAGACUCCGAUGCUGCGAGAUUUAUGGAUACUAAUAGCGGAUCAGCUGAAAAAUUAUCUGCUGAGAGAAAUAUUAGGGUUUCUGACGAGGAGCAGGGACCGGUAGUUCUUCCUUUUAUGAACUCGUGCAACGACUCUUCGUCUUCUCAUGGUUCGGAUUCUAACAUUUUCGAGUCGUUUGAUGAAGAUAGAUUUUUGUCACCUGUUGAUGGAAGUUUUAUGAGUAUGUUUCAGUCAAAUUUCCCUAUUGAAUCUUUUGAGUUGGAUUUUUUUAACUAGAAAUUAGUUUUAUUAGCAGGUACAGUACAGGUUUUAUUUGAGCUUCAUCUCUUUGUUUUUGCCAUUCAUUAUUUUUAUGUAUUUAUAUUGUAUAUUGUAAAUAUAUCUUAGUAUAGAUGAAGAUUUUCUUGAAUUUCUAUUACAA